AUGCGACAACAGCGGCGCCCCACCAAGCCCGCCGAGAUGGCUGUCCUCAGCGCCUCCAAUCUGGACGCCUACACGGUCCAGCGUUGCCUAGAGCUCUUGCAAGCACGGUUACAUCCAACGGCCUACAAGCGAGGGGCGAGUAGGGAGCUGAACUACAGCUGGACGGACCGAGAAGGAGAGCCGUGCUACACCGGGAACACUCACUCUGGAGGGCGCGAUCUUUUGUGCAUCGUGAACGAGACUCAGAACGCCGUCUUUGCCAAGUGCUCCAGCGAGAGGGUCGACUCCACAACCGGAGUGUGUUGCAUGGAGCAGCCUGCCCACUAUCUCGGCCGUUUGUACGAGGACGUGGAGACUUGGAAGGCCGGCGCCAUCGAGAUCGACAUGCGCUACCUCGAGCGGGACCCCCUUGCUGCUGGACCGAUGGAUCUGCAGCUGAUCCGGAUGGGCUCGAAGGGGAUGACGGACAAGAUUCUUCUGAACAGCGUGGUCAACAGGUGGCAAGCUGGCGAAUUCCAGGCGCUCCUCGUUCGAAGCCCGAUGGGCACGGGCAAGUCCGAGCUGGUCAAGCGGAUCAAGGCCGAGGAGCCCGUCCCUCAGAAGAUUCUGCUGAUCACUUAUCGGCAGACGCAGGCGGCUGAUGCACACGGCAAACACCCGGAAUUCGCCCACUAUGCGGACCUCAAAGCCCUGCCAUCCCAGCUGAACGAGCAAGGGGACUUCGUUGCUCCUUUAGCCGACCAAGUGCGGUUCCCAAAGGUCAUAGUCCAGUUCGAUAGCCUUAACCACCUCCUCGUCGACAGUAGAGUGGUCGACUCAUUCGAUCUCGUAAUUCUUGACGAGAGCGAGUCCAUCUUGGCCCAUCUUUCAGCUGACACCUUCUCCAACAGACACCGGACCGUCAACUUCCUGAUAGAGCUUCUGGACCAAGCAAAGCGGAUCAUAGCGCUGGAUGGGCACUUGGCUCAGCGGACGUUCGACUUUCUCACAAUGAGCGGCAUCCCGUGCGGGCCUGUAGUGGUCAAUAAUCACCUACCCGAGCGUCCGCUCGAGUUUACAAUUCUAGAGAAGGACGAGGGGAAAGCUUACUGGCAAAGGUCCAUCUGGUCUGCUCUAGAGGAGGGCAAAAACUGCAUAGUGUACAGCAUGUCGGCGGAAGAAGUCUUCAAGUUGAGGGACGCCACCGAAGCUACAGGCCUGCUACAAGCCUCGGAAAUACUCGUGAUCACAAAAGUUUCUCCCGGAGACAUCAAAAUGGGCCUGAACAACGUGAACCUCUCCUGGAAACGCCGGUUGGUCAUCCUCAGCCCCACAGUGGAGGCAGCGGUCGACUUUUCGGCGCGGUGGUUUCACCGCUGCUUCAUCUACAUCUGUCCACAGAGCACCACUCCGAGGGGCUUGGAUCAGAUGAAAAGCCGCGUUCGAAACCUGGAGGAACCAGAAGUGUUGUGCUACGUGCAAGCCGGCAUCAUUUUGCCGAGCAAGACGGGGCUGGACGCUUUAGGUGCGUGCGAUGGAGACCCUGUGGGCUCGACUCAGGCUGUCUACCUAACUGCCAUGGGGCCCAAACAAGCAGCAAGCCGGCGGCUGGGGGUAGAGGAAUCCUACCAGUUCAUGCGCUGGAUACACAAGAACGUGGAGGCCCGUCAAGAGACGAGGCAACGAGGGGAAGGGGGACAGAGCAUCUUCGCGCCGAUAGAGGACGCUGUAAUGAGGGUCUUAGCACAUAACGAAGCUGAAAGCAGCAACAAAACCUCGCACUUCUAUGAGGUCUUCACUGAGUUGCUCAAGAGCGAGGGGCAUAUUGUGAAGGGGGUGCGCCAGUUGGACCUCGCGCCGAAAUCCUUGGCUGGCCCGGAAGAAGACGAGGAGGGGCCUUCCCGAAGCUAUCUAAAGCGGCGUCUGCUGGGGGCGCCUGACAUCUCGCUCGAGGAGGCUAAGCGCCUUCAGCUUCUGAUUAACAAGAAGCAAGAUCGGGAGGGGGACUUUGCGAAGGUGGAGCGGUUCAACUAUCGGAGGUUUUACAAGCUUCGACAGCUUGAUGGACCCUUUCUUGACAUCUUUGGGGGACAGCAUCUCGACUCCCUCACCUUGCUGCUUCAAGUGGUCGAUCCUGCCUAUCAAUUCCCCGAAGACGAGAUCGGUAGAGCGAAGUCCGCGCCACUCAUGGCAAAGCUCGCGAGAGAGGUCGUUUGUGUGCUUGGGCUCGACCAUCCGUUGGAUUACGCACAUGAGUCCGAGAAACUGGAGGUUCUGAGGCCGAAGCUGGCGGCGACCGAGUACUUCCGCGACUACGGAAGAUGUGUUCGGCUGUUCACUGGACGCACCGUUCAACAGAUCGCAGAUCUAGACGACCCGAAGGCGGUCUCCCACGCCUUGAACCACAUCUUCAACCGGAUGGGCGUCCAUGUUAAGCACGUCCGGUUGGGCCGGCAGACAAAAGCUGACUGCAAGGCUACUAAGAAAAGGGAGCGCCUGUAUGGGGGUUGGCAGAUUGAGCCUGAAUGUUCCGGAAGAAUCGUGGGUGCGAAGCUCAUGGUGCAGUUGCUCAAGCUACAGGUGGAGGCGUCUUCAUUGAUGCUGAGAGAUCUGGACUCAAGUCUAAGAAGGCUCAUAGAAAACGCGCCGUUCCAAUACAGGCACCUUGUAGAAGCCCCAUGCAUGUUGGAAGCCGUAGUGUAGGCUCUACUUGCUUUCGAAACAGACCGUCAAAUGUAAUAUAAUUGAAGCACAAACCGAAAGUUGGAGCUAACGAGAGUUUUGAUCGUGGG